UUGCGGGCAAUUUUUAGAUUUUCAAAAUGUUAUUGAACUUCAUAUUCAUGGUUUGAUUUAAUAUUUAAAUGCCUAUAAAGUCAAUCCAGUGUUUUAUUUUGUUUUUUAACAUUUCAGAUGUUGAAAAGUAUUUUCCCAAGAAGAUUCAAGUUAAAGUUGAUCAUGAGACAGUCGAACGCUAUCAGUGCACUUACUGUACCAAUACAUAUGAUUCAGAGGCUACAGCUAAUAAUCAUGUGCAUAGACAUAUUAAAAUGUUCAGUUGCAGUAUAUGUAAAAUGACAUUUACUUCAUUCGCACUAUGGAAAAUACAUGGUGAUGUUCAUGAUGAACCAAAAUAUGUCUGCCAUAUUUGUGGUUCUCGAUAUAAACACACUUCACAAUAUCGAAACCACAUGGAACUUCACCGUGGGCCAAUAGUAUGUGAUCUUUGUGAUAAGACAUUUAAAUCAAGGGCUAAUUUAAGGCUGCAUAAGAGAGGUGUUCACGAACAGGCAACUGAGGUGUUCCAGUGUGAUCAAUGUCCACAAAUGUUUUAUAUAAAGCACAGACUAAACAGGCAUAUCCUGAGUCAUUCAAAACCAUUUGUUUGCACCUAUUGUAAUCAAAGGUUUGGCUAUAAAAAGUACUUAACUCAGCAUGUUAGGAUCCACACUGGAGAAAAGCCAUAUAAAUGCAGUAUGUGUGGAGUAGGUUUCAGGCAAAAGAAUAGUCUUAAUGUUCAUAAUAAAUCACACCACUCUACAACUGCAACAAAACCAUCACUUCCUAACAAUGGUAAUCAAACAUAUGUAGAUAAUGCAAUAUUUUUCUCGGACAUCAGUCAUAUCUGAAUGAAGACGCAAUUAGAAACAAUUAUAGAUUAAAAUAAUAUCAUCAUCAUCAUCUUUUCAGAAAAUUAAUCAUAUAUAAAAAUAAUCACUCAGUAUGUAUAGUUCAGUUAUGUAUAGGGAUCGAAACCAGCCAUAGUUUUCUCCUGAUGACCAUUGUGAAUUAUUGUGUUUUAUUGAUUAUGGCGACGGCUUUUGGAUGUUGACCCUUUGAAACGCUUAUGGACUUGGAGACUGGAUUUUAUCUAUCCCACAUCAUUUGAGACUGAAUGUUCUAUCUUGUAUGAGUACUUGUAUCUACAACUUUUUUUGAUGUUAUGAGUAUUGGAUAUCAAUUUCUAAUUUUCUUCAAUAUGUAUUGUAAUGACUUCAGUAUGAAUGAAAUGUCCCUUGGUGUUCUGGUCUUGGAUUGUGAUAUCGGUUCUUGAAUGGUGGGGGAAAGGGGGUAUUAGACAUUGUUUCUUUUCACGUUAGAUCAUGGUUUUGGGAUAUAUGAGUUUGUUUUUCUUGAGUGGUAUGCACUUAGAGUUUGCUUUUUCUUGCUAAGUUCCAUUACAACUUUUGAUCCUUUCCCUUUGGCACUCAAUUAUAUUCUGUUUUGUAAACAUUAUUUACGUUAUUAUUCAUGGAAGUCUUAUGUAGAGGAAUUUAAUCUUAGUAAACCUGUUUUUUGUGCUCACUAUCAUUUCUUUUGCAAUAGUUUAUGCAAAUUCAAUAUCAAGCUUAUCAAAAACA